AUGGCGAGGUCGCUCCGAAGCCAGGAGAUGCCGCUCGAGAGCGCAGGUCACGUCGAUGUGGAGGACCCUCAGGCGGUGCUGGCCGAAGCAGCGCAGAAGGGAUGGCUGGACACUGCCAGAGCAAUGCUGGCCAAAGGUGCCUCUCCGGACGUGGGUGCCAUGCCUCCCUUGUGUUUGGCAGCUGAGCAAGGGCACUUGCAACUAGUCUGGUGCUUGGUGGAUGCCUCGGCCGACAAGGAGCUGGCCGACGUGCACUUCCGCCGCACGCCGCUGCUGUGGGCAGCACACCAGCAGCACGGCGAGCUCCUGCGGUUCUUGUCGCUCGGAUUGGGUCGUUGUGAGUACCACCCGUUUGCCAAGUAUGAUUAG